AUGCCUUCACACAGCCCAUUGCAAACCACCGAGGCCAAUGAAGCCGCAUGGGAGGCUACGAGGGGCGCAGUCGCCGGUGCUGCGAGAUGGGGACUCGUCGCUGCUGUCUUUGGUGGUGCCGCACAGUACUUCUCGCCGUUGUACAAGGGCAUGACAAUCCAGUUCAAGAUCUACAUCCAAAUGUCAGGCAUGGUGUUUGGUAGCAUGAUCGAGGCCGACUCGCGGUUACGAGAGUACGAGGCCCGCAUGAGGAUGCAGCGGCGCAUCCUGAGAGACCGGGCAAAAUGGAAGGAAUUUGAGGAUUCCUAUGCGGAGCCAGAGCCCGAAAAGAGCGACAAUUGA